AUGCUCACCCUCAUGAUCUUCACCGCCCUCUACACCCUCGGCUGGCUCGCGCAGGCCACAGUCUGCACCGCCUGCGAGCUCGCCCCCAUUCUCUCCGGCCGGCAGGGCAACGUCCCCGGCUGGUGCCCACAAUCCCGCUUUCGGGAACUCCCCUCUACCUCUGAUCCUUUCUCAAAUACCCCCUCCAUCGACAGCGCCGACAACGCAGCAAGGCUGGCUUCCGUUGCGCAAGCAAAGGAUGUGAUCAUGUGGGUGAUUUUUGUCGCGGGCCUGCUGAUGUUGGAGUGCUGUCGGCGGGGGUGGAAGAUGAGUCAGGUGUUGGAGGCGGAGCGGGAGAGGGAUAUGGGUGGCUUCAGAGCGUAUGAUCCUGGGCUGGCGAGGAGUGGGGAUUGGAAGUCUGCUGCUGUUGGGGUUCAACAACAACAGGGGAGUGAGGGCUACGAAUUCGAAUCCUACCGACCGACUGCUGGAAGCGUGAAUGCGAUGGCCGGGUAUGAUGCGGCCGGCUCGAAGGGUGGUGUUGCGUUGGGACCGACGGAUAAGAGGAUGAAGAAGAAUAGUUUCGUGGGCGUUAGGGCGGUGCAGGAUGUCAGGGUCAAUUUGAAGGUACCUGGACUGAGCUACGAUACUAGGGUGUGA